GUGCAUGCAGUGUGCAUGUGUGAUACUAUGAAUCAUCGCGUACACGUUACAUUGGCACAACCUGACAACUUGCAGUUUUAGUCGUACGUCUACUACGUGUGCAUACUUAAUUCUGCGACUGCAUUGGGCCGAAAACAAUGGAUCAUGAAGUUAUGAAAUCUUUAGGUGUUGGAGGGAUGACCGCAGCAGUCAAUGUACUGUCAAGACCGGCAGAGGAGUUUGGCAAUGAUGAAAACUUGGAGCUGCGUUGGGCCAUCAAGGCUUACCAUCACGCCGAAACGUACUUCAACCUGAUCUCUUCCGUGGAUAAUCGUGUCUUAAAGUUAACCAAACAAGACGAUGACAUCUACCACAGCUUUAGAGAGCAUUUUCCCGACUUGAAGGUCGACGUCAUCGACCAGGAAGAGUUGAAAUCUGAGGCGGCAAAGUUGAAAUGGAGACCUUUCUGCACCCAGUACGAAGGUGUGGUGGAGGACUUCAACUUUGGCACGUUGCUGCGUCUGGACUGCAAGGGAGACUACUCGGAACAGAACUCCAUAUUUGUCACAAGGAUACAGUUCUUCGCCGUUGAGAUCGCCAGGAAUCGGGAGGAGCUGAACCUGGAACUCUGGACCAAGAAACAGGAGAAGAGGAAAGAAGAGGCGGCAGCGAAGAAGGAGAUGUCAAGUUGACGAGAGGAUCUAGCCAAGUUUUAACCCUAACGUACCCGAAUCCAUCAAAAUCGACACCCCUGUUUCGGGGGACUCGGAUUUCGGCGGAUUCAGGAUACCUCAAUAUUGAAAAAGUUGGGGGAUUUUGAUGGAUUCAGGACAUGAAGCCUAGCGGUACUGCAAGAUUUUGAUGGAUUCAGGAUACCUCCAUAUUGAGCAGUUGGGGAACUUUGAUGGAUUCAGGAUCUCAACAAAUUUACUCCCGGCUAACUGGUGGAUUCUGAUGGACUCACUGGCCACCACAUUUUUUUUUUGCAUGGCAAAAUUGAUGGAUUUUGGCGGAUUCAGGAUACUUUCUAGUAAAUAUACCCAAGGGGUUAGGGUUAAAGAUUUGUUCAUACUUCAAGGAAAUGUUAUAAUGCACAGCAAAUUUGUUGUCUGGCCAAACUUUGGAGUUGAAACAUGCUCAGCUUUUAAGAAUUUUGCCAGGCGAUUACUUGAUGUGACGUCGUACGUUUGCGUUCUGUUUUGCUUUUGGGCCGAGCUUUUGGUUCCUAACCCUUCAACUGUACAACAUGGAUUUUGUGGUCUGAACUCAAAGCAGCCUGUAUGAUGUAUUCAGCCAUCCGCUCGAUAAGUGACAUUGACAUUAUGGCAUGUUAAGCCUACCUGCGGUUAAGAAUAGCGACAGUGGUUCAU